AUGCUGUUCCUCCAAGGUUUCAGGACGCUUUCCGUGAUGCUGAUUGUUUUGGUUGUUUUGGAAGCCAUGGUUUCUGCUGAGCUGCCCAGUAAGUCACAGGGGACGAGCAUGGUCUUCCAUGUUUUUUUAAGGACUGCAUUCCUGUAUAUGUUGUGAUAGCUUGUGUUGAUAUAUGAUUUUAGUGCAUAUAGAUACAUAUCAAGCUUAUAUCUCUAAAGUUAUAUGUGGAUAAUUGAUUGGAAAUUGUACUUAAAGGCGGAUUUAUACUGCACAACUUUUGCCUAAAACUGUCGCAUGCAACCUGCUAUUUUCUUUGCUUAAAUUAUUAAAUGUAUACCAACUUAACCAAUAUCAAAUUGGAUGUUUCAUGUUCAAAUGCCUUAAUCAAUCCUUUUCCUUACCAUCUCAGUUUCUCCAAUAUUUUUCUUAUAAUAAAGAUGUUCAUCACUAUAAUACUCGAAACGCUGCUAAGAUUCAUAUAAAGAAGGUGCGAACUACUACUAGAAAGCUAACUCUUAAGCAUAGUGGCUCAAUUCUCUGGAAUUCCCUCAAUAAUUCUAUUACUCAGUCUCAUUCACCCAGUUCCUUUCAAUUCAAACUGAGAAAUUUCCUCAUGGAGGCAAAUAGCUAAAGGUUAAUUUAACUGAGUUAUAUAUAUUGUAAUAUUCUGAAUUUGUUUCUUAAUCUCAAUCUUUUGCUCUAUUCAUCUAUCUCGUAACAAUGCCAAAACCGCGACCUCUAACUAUUUAUAACAUCUAUAUGCCACCAUGGUGUUUAGCGUUUUACAAGCUCCUUGGGUUUUUUUUUGCUGAGCACCAUCCAAAUAUAUGUAUAUACUUUUUGGAAAUAAUUAUAUAUUUGGUGAAUAAACUAUUAUGUUAUGUGUGUAUGUACAACUUGAGUUGUACUGUAUAAAUCAAGCACACAACUCACCUGUGACAAUGUAGGCGAAUUGUAUGCUUGAUUUACACAGUACAACUCAAGUUGUAAGCAGGUUGCAUGUGACAGUUUUAGACAAAAGUUGUGUUGUGUAACUGAAUCAACCUCAACCUGAUCUUGUAUUCUUUCAGUUAGCAACUUCCUAAAGGAGAACGACGCGCCAAUUCCAAACUCCUUAAACGCAAGAGAUUUUGGCGUGCUUGGUGACGGCGUCACAGACGACUGGCGCGCAACACAACGAUUCAUCGACAGGGCUUGGCUUGAGCAGAAAAUCGCCUUCUUCCCAUCUGGAGAAUACGUACUCAGUCAACACAUUUGGAUCAAUGCGUCUGUCGGUAUUCAAGGCUCUGCUCGAGGGAUGACGGUUUUCAAGACCCCUCGCACAAAAAUCCUCCAGAUAUACAUCGGAAACAAAAAGCAUGGCUUAACAGGUCUAACAAUCACUCGUAUAUAUUUUGACGGGAUCAUGCUUUAUUUUGACAGCAAGAGAUAUAAGUAUAACUUUCGUUUGGCCAAUUGUGUGUUUUUUAACAGUCGUAAACCCUUACUCCCUAUUUCUAAGCACGCAACCGUAGAAUGGCAAAGAGUCGCGAAUGGUGUUAUAAGCGACGUGGUUAUAUUGCGAUCCGAGGCAAUGCAUGGUGUCGGGUUAUCCUUUUAUAAGACAAAACAUGUACGAGUGGAGAGUAGUAUUAUCGGCCUUGAUUUCAACAAUUUAGCGUGGCUAGCUAGUCAGUAUCACGGUAUCAACACAUGGGACAGGCUAAUUGAGAAACUUCGCUUCAUCAAGGUACACUACAACAUCAAAUCAGACCAGGGCCACUUCCAAGCUGCCUUAUAUGGAAACCGUGACGACAGUCUUACCAUAAAGGGAAAUAUCUUUAACGGUAGCCCGUAUAAGCCAGGUUUCAUUGAUCACGUGAUUUACCUGAAAGGCUUCGACGGCCUGUACGUUUUAGGGAACUAUGCCCGCGGCUGGCCAGGCACACAGUGGGGAGGAUUGAAAAUGAGGAACGGAGAAAACCUGGUGAUAGCUCGGAAUUAUUUGGUCGACACAGGUAUACUGUUGUACACACACAUUGAGAUCAUUUCUGACCCUCUACAUCAAGGUCUGUCGAAUGUGUAUGUAUAUGGUAACCAUCUGGUCGAACUGACCAAUGUCGGUGGCUGGGGGUCAGGCAUCAGCUAUUACGAACCUCAUUGGAACGGAACAGAUACGAAUAUUAACUUUUGUCACAAUAUAUUUGAAAUGCAGAAUUUGAAUCUCACGUCUCCACCAAUAGGAAUUCACGUCUCUAACGGUAACAAGGAGGAGCAUCACGUGUUUAGGGAUAACGUCUAUUUUGGCACGACGGUCCCGGUGAAGUUGAUUGGCAUAGGUGAGACGGAGUACGAAAAUGGCACGUGUAACCAACGCAUGGUGUCACCAUAUCAGAACAUCCGAAUUCCUAAUCUGGUUAUUCCAACCUAUUGUAAUCAAACGGCAUUUGGAAGUGCUUGUAAUAUUGGCGCACUGGCUGGCUUUGACGAUUAG